AUUGGAAUAGGUGGAUUCAAAACAGCACACCAAGGAUGGUUGACACUAACGGUGCCUCCUAGGUCAGGUCUGGGGUUGUGGGCGAGUCAAAAGGUUGUUGUGAAAUGUCCGUUCGAAAGAGUGUACCCCCAAGGCAUGCCUACAUCUAGCACCGAUUACAAAAUUGGACGCUAUGCACCACUCGCCAAGCUGGCCAAGCUGUUCAGAGAAGCAAACGUCCUGUACUGGGCGAAAGCUCUGUUAGGUCUUGUCUAUGAUUUCAUUGACUGUGCCAUUGCAGACACAUCUGAUCCUCCACCAUUCAAUAUUCCAUGCGUGCGGUUUGUUGAAGCCGGCCUUGCGCUAUCCUACUCUCAAGGUACCGGCAAGUCUACAUUAAAGACUGCGACGAUACCACGUGGAGCUUUCCUCCUCGAGGAGAUUAUUGACGGCGAAGAUUUCACCAAGUUUAUUCAUAAUAUGGAUCCUGACCCACUGCUUGACCCGGACCAGGAUGGGUAUGACUUUGUGCAGUUUUUGGCAUUCACGCAACAUGUCCAGUACAUGAAGACAGGGUGGACUGGUCUUUAUAUCCGACUAUCAAGGUAUGUGCUCCGAGUCUAUGACCCAGUAUUCUAUAUUCUCAGUGUCGUUGAUAUGGAAUUGAACAGGCAGUACAAAGCUACUGACUGA